GACUUUUAUUUUGGCGUGGCGCAUGACGUCAUCAGGCAGCGCCGCUUCACCGCUGUGAUUCAACUGGACAAAGGAUAAAGUGUCACAGAGAAAAACUGCUGAAGCAACUGAUCUCUACACUGUUAUAAAGAUGGCGUUUAUUAAAGAGGAGAGUGAAGAUAUGAAGAUUGAAGAGACAUUCACAGUCAAACAGGAAGAUCUGCAGAACCAAACAGAUCUGAUGGUCCUGAAAGAAGAGACACAUCAAUGGAAUGAAAUGGAAGAGAAACACCAAGACAUAACGACUGAUGAAAAACCCACACUGACUAAAAUGACUUCAUCAUGCAGAAGACCUCGGAAAUCCAAAUCUAAGUGUAAUUUCAGCAGUAAACAGAGUAGAAAGAGUUUCAGUCAAAAGCCAAAGCUUGAUGUUCACAUGAGAGUUCACAAAGGGGAGAAAACUUGCACCUGCAAACAGUGUGGAAAAAGCUUCUAUAAAACAUCAAGUUUAACAAUGCACAUGAGAAUUCACACUGGGGAGAAGCCUUACACCUGCAAACAGUGUGGAAAAAGCUUCUGUAAUACAACAAACUUGACAAUGCACAUGAGAAUACACACUGGGGAGAAGCCUUACACCUGUGAACAGUGUGGAAAGAGUUUUUGUCAAAAAGAAAACUUUAAAACCCACAUGAGAACUCACACUGGAGAGAGGCCAUACACAUGCCAACAGUGUGGAAAAGGCUUCUAUCAUGCAGGAAGCCUUGCAGUGCACAUGAAAGUUCACACUGGAGAGAAACCUUACACAUGCACAGUGUGUGGUAAAAGUUUCACAUAUAAAAGCACACUCAAUAACCACAUGAGAACUCACACCGGAGAGAAGCUGUUUGCAUGUGCUCAGUGUGGAAAGAGCUUCACAACCAAAUCUAGCCUCAUGAACCACAUGAAUGGUCACACUGGAACCAUAGUGUUCACGUGUGAUCAGUGUGGAAUUAAACUCACACGCAAAGACUACAUUAGGCGACACAUGAAGACCCACUCAAGAGAGAAUCGUUUUAGAUGCAGUGAGUGUGGAAAGGGCUUUACCCAUAAAAGAAGUCUCAGCGCUCACAUGAAGCUUCACAAUGAAGAGCAGAGUCCUGAAAAAUGAGGCCUUGUCCACAGAAACACGGGUAUAUUCAAAACGGCAGCUUGUUCAUGUAGUUUGGCUGUUCAUUCAAAU